AUAAAAAUGAAAAGGUUGUUACGCAUUUGCUUGCUUAUCGCUAUCGGUUUCAUUUCAACCUGUUUUGGUCUCAGUUGCAUUCCCUGCGAAGAUAUUGUGUGCAAAACGCCUGUUUGUACGACUAAAAUUGUUAAAGAUGAAUGUCGAUGUUGCGACGUCUGCUCAAAAAGCAUUGGUGAACGAUGUGGAGGGCCAUGGAAUAUAUCUGGUUUAUGUGACAACGGUUUGACAUGCCAUAAGGUAGUGAGACUCGGAGAACGGGAAUCCAACGCCGGAGGAACAUGUGAAUAUGGUCCGCCUCGGGUUACGUGUGAGUUUCCAAAGGUUUACCGUUCUUGUGCCACUACUUGUCCAAAAACUUGUGGAAAUCCAUAUCCUUUGAGAUGCACAGAAAAUUGCAAUUUAGAUCCCUGUGUUUGUCCAGAAGGAUAUAUAAUGAAUAAUCAUUUUGAGCAGAGAUGCAUUCGUAGCUAUGAAUGUGAAGAUUUUUCCUUCUGCAGAAUGGAUUGCACACCAUCGACUAUUGGCACCUCUUCCUGUGAUUUGCCAGCAAAGUGGGUUUGUGAUUUGACUAACUGGAAAUGUGAUGCCUACAAAUGGAAAUGGAUAAGUGGUGGUUUGGAAGCGGAUGUUCAGUUGAUGACCAAGGUUUAUGGGAUGUGUUUGAUAGUAUAAUAACCAAUUGUCCAUUACAACCAUCUUGUAAAAAUCAGGAAUCCACGGAAUGCAAGUCUGACGGAUUCGGAUGUAUGUCUUGCACAUGCAGGAAUGGCCAAUAUAAAGAUAUGAGUCAACUAUCAGUAAUUGCUAGUAGAAACCACAUCGUAUAUCUCAUGCUCAUGGAUGUUUACAAAAGCGCUCGAGAUAGAUGUCAAGGUUCGACUGAUUGCUGAUUAUCACUAGUU